AUGGAUUCCAAAGAUGACAGCUCACACGUGUGGUCUACAUCUGCAGAACAUGAAGAGAAUGCUGCACAGGUGCACUUUGUUCCUGACGCUGGAACUGUGGCUCAGAUUGUCUACACCGAUGACCAGGUUCGUCCACCCCAGCAGGUGGUAUACACGGCAGAUGGUGCCUCCUACGCUUCAGUGGACGGUCCUGAGCAUACGCUGGUGUACAUCCAUCCUGUGGAAGCUGCACAGACUCUGUUUACAGACCCAGGGCAGGUAGCUUAUGUCCAGCAGGAUGCUACAGCUCAGCAGGCCUCAUUACCGGUGCAUAACCAGGUGUUACCUUCAAUUGAGGGUGUGGACGGUUCAGACCCUUUGGCAACACUGCAGAACCCUAUGGGUAGACUGGAGGCCAAAGAGGAAGAGGAUGAGGAUGAGGACGAAGAUACUGAGGAAGAAGAGGAGGAGGAUGGUGAAGACACAGACCUGGAUGACUGGGAACCGGAUCCGCCUCGGCCCUUUGACCCGCAUGACUUAUGGUGUGAAGAGUGUAAUAACGCUCAUUCUUCAGUGUGCCCAAAGCAUGGCCCCUUGCAUCCAAUCCCCAAUCGGCCUGUGCUCACUAGAGCACGAGCGAGCCUCCCCCUGGUCCUCUACAUCGACAGGUUCCUUGGAGGGGUGUUCUCCAAAAGGCGCAUUCCCAAGCGCACCCAGUUUGGCCCUGUGGAGGGACCCCUCGUCAGGGAGUCCGAGCUGAAAGACUGUUACAUUCAUCUGAAGGUUUCUCUUGAGAAAGGGGACAGAAAAGAUAGGGAUUUGCAUGAAGACCUGUGGUUUGAAUUGUCUGAUGAGACCCUAUGUAACUGGAUGAUGUUCGUACGUCCAGCCCAGAAUCACCUGGAGCAGAACCUGGUGGCUUACCAAUAUGGCCACCAUGUGUAUUAUACAACAAUAAAGAAUGUAGAACCCAAACAGGAACUGAAGGUGUGGUAUGCUGCAUCCUAUGCUGAGUUUGUGAACCAGAAAAUUCAUGACAUUUCUGAGGAAGAAAGGAAAGUUCUUCGCGAGCAGGAGAAGAAUUGGCCCUGCUACGAAUGUAACCGCCGAUUUAUAAGCUCGGAGCAGUUGCAGCAGCAUCUCAAUUCCCAUGAUGAAAAACUGGAUGUGUUUAGCAGAACAAGAGGCAGAGGAAGGGGACGAGGCAAGAGGCGAUUUGGCCCAGGUCGACGGCCAGGGCGCCCUCCAAAAUUUAUCCGCUUGGAAAUAACCAGCGAAAAUGGGGAAAAGUGUGAUGACACGACACAGGACUUGCUACAUUUUUCCACCAAGGAGCAGUUUGAUGAGGCUGAGCCAGCGACUCUGAACGGGCUGGAUCAACCAGAGCAGACUGCUCUCCCCAUCCCACAGCUGCCACAGGACACCCAGCCUUCUCUGGAGCAUGAGCCAGAGACUCACAGCCUGCACCUGCAGCCCCAGCAUGAGGAGAGCGCGUUGCCCGCCCAGAGCACUCUGACGGCCGAUGACAUGCGCAGAGCCAAGCGUAUCCGAUUGGAGCUGCAGAAUGCAGCUCUUCAGCAUCUGUUUAUCCGGAAGUCCUUCCGGCCUUUUAAGUGUUUGCAAUGUGGGAAGGCCUUCCGUGAAAAGGACAAACUGGACCAACAUUUGCGCUUCCAUGGGCGGGAGGGGAACUGCCCGCUGACCUGUGAUCUCUGUAACAAGGGCUUCAUCAGCAGUGCGUCCUUGGAGAGCCACAUGAAGCUCCAUUCAGAUCAGAAGACUUAUUCUUGCAUUUUUUGCCCAGAAUCCUUUGACCGCCUUGAUUUGUUGAAGGAUCAUGUGGCCAUUCAUAUCAAUGAUGGCUGCUUCACCUGCCCAACCUGUAAGAAACGAUUCCCAGAUUUUAUCCAGGUGAAAAAACACGUGCGAAGCUUCCACUCGGAAAAGAUCUACCAGUGUACAGAGUGCGACAAGGCCUUCUGUCGUCCUGACAAACUGCGUCUCCACAUGCUCCGACAUUCGGACCGCAAAGAUUUCCUGUGUUCCACAUGUGGAAAGCAAUUCAAGCGAAAAGACAAACUACGGGAACAUAUGCAGAGGAUGCAUAAUCCUGAGAGAGAGGCCAAGAAAGCCGACCGCAUCAGCCGCUCCAAGACGUUCAAGCCUCGUAUCACGUCCACGGACUACGACAGCUUCACGUUCAAGUGCCGCCUGUGUAUGAUGGGCUUCCGGAGACGGGGCAUGCUGGUAAAUCACUUAUCAAAGAGGCACCCAGACAUGAAGAUAGAAGAGGUGCCAGAGUUAACUCUGCCCAUCAUAAAACCCAACCGCGAUUACUUUUGUCAGUAUUGUGAUAAGGUUUAUAAAAGUGCCAGCAAGCGAAAAGCCCAUAUUCUGAAGAACCAUCCAGGGGCUGAGCUCCCACCAAGCAUUCGCAAACUCCGUCCAGCUGGCCCUGGAGAACCAGACCCCAUGCUGAGCACCCACACCCAACUCACUGGCACGAUCGCCACCCCUCCCGUCUGCUGCCCUCACUGCUCCAAACAGUACAGCAGCAAGACCAAGAUGGUACAACACAUUCGAAAGAAGCAUCCAGAGUAUGCCCAGCUCCCUAACACCUUACAUACACCACUGACAACAGCCGUGAUCAGUGCUACCCCAGCUGUGUUAACCACAGACAGUGCCACUGGAGAGACCGUGGUGACAACAGACCUCCUGACCCAAGCCAUGACAGAGCUGUCCCAGACGUUAACAACAGAUUACCGGACGCCGCAAGGGGACUACCAGAGAAUUCAGUAUAUUCCUGUGUCACAGUCUACAUCUGGUCUUCAGCAACCGCAGCAUAUACAGCUGCAGGUGGUGCAAGUGGCUCCGGCCACGUCCCCUCACCAGUCUCAGCAGUCCACCGUGGACGUCGGCCAGCUCCACGAUCCUCAGACCUAUGCCCAGCAUGCCAUCCAGGUGCAGCACAUCCAAGUCACAGAGCCCACUGCCCCUGCUUCAUCGUCAUCCCAGGUAUCUGGGCAGCCCUUGAGCCCUGCCUCCCAGCAGUCCCAGCAAGGGCUCAGUCCUUCCCAUAUACAAGGCAGUUCCUCCACACCCGGCCAGGCUCUCCAGCAGCAGCAGCAGGGCUCCUCUGUACAACACACCUACCUACCCAACGCUUGGAAUUCUUUCCGUGGCUACUCAUCAGAGAUUCAAAUGAUGACGCUUCCCCCAGGUCAGUUUGUGAUUACAGACAGCAGUGUGGCCACUCCUGUCACCACUGGCCAAGUGAAGGCAGUUACGCCGGGUCAUUAUGUGUUAUCAGAAGGUCAACCAGAAUUGGAGGAAAAGCAAGCUUCUGCUCUCUCUGCGGGAGUCCAGGUUCAGCCAGCCACACACGGUGACUUGGACCCCCAGACCACCAGCCAACAGCAGCCCACACAGUACAUCAUUACAGCCACCACCAACGGGAAUGGGAGCAGUGAAGUGCAUAUCACUAAACCUUAA